UUGAUGGCUAGUUCCGUAGCGAGAGCACGUUUAAGUACAUCGGUUGAACCUACUGGAACUAGUUGGAACUCUGUCCGUUGGGCUAGACCUAGUGGAGUUGGCGGGUACAGAACAAGCCGAUUAGCUAGCGCUUUCGAAACUGUCAGUCCCCCAACUUCCUCCGUAAUACGCCCUACUUCAGCGUCAAGUACUUCUAGUAAGGGGGCUGGAAGCAGUCGAGUUUGUUCUCCACAAAGUGGAUAUGGAACUCUUCCUUCCAAGCUGUUGAGGGCACCGGAACGGUAAAUGAACUAAAAAGUUUUUUUUAAAUUUUCUGUAUAAGAGAGGCGCAAGUUUCGGGUGUUUCGUUCCUUCUCUAGUUUAUAAAACUCCCAAAUAUGUGCCCAUAGCCACGAAAUUUUACCUGGAUAUC